GCAUACAGUUCCCUUCGGGAGGUACAGCACCCUCAUCAUCAUCAACAUGGCUGCCGCGGACCAAGAAACCCACGCCAGCUCAGUUCGUCCUCGUUCCUACCAAGACGAGAGCUAUCAGCACGGGUUUCUCGGAGCUGUGGGUGACUUACAGAAGGAAGGGGAACUGCAGGAUGUCGUCCUUGAAGUCGAGGGCCGGCGGUUUCCCUGCCAUCGCCUUGUUCUGUCCGCGGCCAGCCCCUACUUCAGAGCCAUGUUUACAAGUGACAUGGCGGAAAGUCGGCAGAACACGGUCGUUUUACAGGGUUUGGAUGCAGACAUGUUUGAGGAGAUCCUGAGUUACAUCUACUCGGGAACCCUCCACGUGUCUCUGGACAGAGUGCAGCCCCUGUACCAGGCAGCCGACCUCCUGCAGCUGGACUAUGUGAGAGACACCUGCAGCAGCUACAUGGACAUGAACGUGGAGCACUCCACCUGUGUGGACCUGUACAAGUUUGCUGAUGUCUUCACGGUGGAUGCUGUUCUGAACUCUUGUCUGCAGUAUAUAUGCCAGCAUUUUGUGGAGGUUUCCUCCAGUGAUGAGUUCUGCAGCCUGAGUGUGGAUCAGCUGACUGAGAUCAUCAGCCAGGAUGAGCUGGAGGUUAAAGAGGAGACCAGAGUGUGGGAGGCUGUGGUGAGAUGGGUGCAGCACAGCAGGGAGGACAGACUGCAGCACCUACCCAGCAUCCUCCCUCACAUCCGCUUCAACCUGCUGACCUCAGAUGACACGGCAGCCAUCUUGGAUCAUACCCUGGUCAGGGAGGAUCCUGGGAGUUCUGAGGUCAUCAGGAAUGUGGUACGCUCCAACCAGAAGCCGAGGCUUGCGAUGACUACAGAAAUGGUUCUGUUGCGUGAUGAUGUGAAUGGUAAAAAGAUGCUGUGGAUGAACCCAGGAGAAGGGAAGUACAUCUGGUGUGACUACAACCAACCAGUAUGUCCAUACAGGGGUGUGGUUACUCGUGAUAAUGAGAUCUAUGCCUUGGCUGCAGAUCCAAACAACAUCUAUCUGUGUAAAUACAACCAUGUUGAGAACAAGUGGGAACAGAAGUCUACCGUGUCCAAAGGAUGUGAAGAACCGGGAGUUCCAAAUGACUACCUUAUGGAAAUCGAUGGACAUCUUUUUUACCUUGUGGUAGAUCCAGAGGUGGUAUUGAAGAAAUACAACCAGCACUCGAACGAGUGGCAUAACUGUUCAACGCCUGAAGAUUGUGAGUUUGCCUCCAUUUGUUUUGCAGUGUCCUGCAAUCAGCACAUCUACCUCUUCACACUUGCAGAAAUGCAUUGGUACAACCCAAGGGAAGACCGGUGGUCCAAGAAAGCCCUGUCAGUCUACGGCCCUGAAGUGGAACUAGACUUCGGUAUCAUGGCAGUUGCCAUGGGAACAGAGAUCUUUUGGAUGGAUCCUGGCACCUACAGGGUGUUGGUGUACGACACACAAGCAGACAGCUGGUCUGAACUUGAACAUCCAGUCCUAAGGUUUCAGGACCUGAAUCAGGAGACUAAUCCAGACAUUGAAGAUGUGGCUUUCUUUGUACUCCAAAACACGCUGCAUGCAAUGGUGGAGUAUUCAUAUGAAGAUUACCCGAAUCCAGAUGACGAGCAAAGGCUACUUCAACAGGUUUUCGUGUAUGACAGGCCUAAAGGUGUUUGGAGAGAGUUAUCCGAACUGCCUUUUGGGCGGCAGUGUGUGUACAAUUGUACAAACGCCGUGGCUCGGAUGUACCUACCAUAUCUGAACACCAGCCAAGCUGACACACAGGAUGCAGCAAACCCAGAGGGACCAAGUGGAGAAUAG